AUGGCCUUUAUGAAACGUCCAAGCAAAGAAUCUGCGGCCAGGCUUCUUGGAGGUUGGAGCACGCGUUCGAUUUCGUGGCACCGAACUUUUGGCGAUGGUGAUCGUCAACUCCCACCGUUCCAAAUCGAGCUGGUACGUGUUGAACAUGUCCAUCAAGAUGUGGAAGAGUCUGUCCCGGCAGACAUCGCUGUGAAAUUCACCUACUUCGGAGUCAACGGGAACGUCAUCCAGACAUUUACAAUCGACUCUUGGGAUGGGGAACAGCCACAAUGGUGCAUUGGCGACUGCAGCGUCUACGACAUGGACGGUAAUGUUGUCAAGUCCUACCACCCGUUCUUCAGCUCGGAUCAUAUCUACAAACCACAUCUCGAGAUUGAAGCUCCGGCCCUAAUCAGCUUUGUUGAUGCUCUGGGUCGCCAGGUUGGGAUUCUCAACCCAGACCAUACGUGGUCCAAGACGGCUUUCACAGCAUGGUCCAAAGCAGAGUCGCAUGCUGGGCACACUCUUUCCACUGUCGAUCCAGCGACGGAUUUGGAUGUUGGAGUGUACUUUUGCUCCCUCAAUACAGACACCUUUCUUCCGUCGUGGAUGGAGAUAAAGCGCCGCGGAGAUCAACAAGACCAAGUGGCGGUGGCCAGGUCUGCCGAUAUCGCUGGUGGAGGUCCCAUCGUAUCUCACUUCGACUCUCAGCAAAGGGAGAUUCUCCGCGUUGAGACUCUCAACGGUAAGACGAGGACACAUAGAUCUGUGUACAACUACAGCGGGCAAAUAGUCCAUGAAAUUGAUACCAUGGGGCGCUUGGUACAGAAGAGCCAAUACGAUCGGCUGGGUCGCCUCAUCGCUCUUGAGAACAUGGACGCAGGAGGAGAGUUCAGCGUGUACGACUGUCUCGGUCAGCCAGUGCUUCUCUGUGACAGCCGCGGGGUGUCAAAACUCAUGAAGUAUGAUGAAUUACAGAGGCCGGUCCAAAUACGCAGACAAACCCACCGGACCUAUGACACUUCCGGAGGGUUGGUUGGAUUGAAAUCAAGGAUUUCGGAAGACAAAAGCUGGACAGCACACGUCAUCGAAACUACCUACACCGCAGAUGGACUCCCCAGCAUGAUCAAACAUGGCAACAACUCCACCACAAGAUAUACGUACGACCUCAACACGCGCUGCAUUCUUGAAAAGAAGACGCAACGUGGUGACGGGACUAUACUGGAAGACCAUUCGUAUACUUAUGACAUCCUCAACCGUGUUGUAAGUACGACCGACAGCGCUCAACAGACAGUCUUCUUCAGAAACAAUCGCAUCACGCCCACCAAAGAGUCCUGGUACGAUGGUUGGGGGCGACUGGUCAAAGCAGCGGGUAGGGAAAUGCUCUCUGGAAACGGAAUCAGUUCGAGCUUAAAGGCAAGCAAACCCGGAAACCCGCUCGCAAAGAUGGGAUUGUCUGCCGCCAAUGGCCAACAGUUGGUUGCAUACACCGAGACGUAUGAGUACGAUGACGCAGAUAACAUCCUGGCCAUGCAACACCAAGUCUCGGAUGAAUCUACAGCUGGAUGGCGUCGCACUUACACGUAUGAGGAGCCGAGCUUGAUUGACCCGAAUACCACGGGGAACCGACUCAGCAGCACGAAAAUGUCCGGCUGCGAGGAGAAGUACGGCUACGACGGACCGAAGCUUGAAGACGGCAUGAAUGGUGCCGGAGUUGUCGGUUGCAUAACGUCAAUGCCAGGCUUCAGUCGACUGGACUGGGACUGCAACAGGAAGCUCAGGUCAACUGCCCGCCAAUCGGCCAAACACGGUGUUCCAGAAACAACUUGGUUCGUUUACGAUAGUGAUGGGAAUCGGGUGCGCAAGGUUACAGAGCGAGCUACAUUGACGACUGGUGGAUCCAACACCAAGUUAAAACAGAAGCUCUUUCUGGACGGGGCGGAGAUAUUCCAGAGAUAUGGCGGAGACGGAAUCAGUGUCCAGUCUACGACUAUCACCUCUCGGAUCAAUGGUUCCGCCAGCGGAGACGCCCCUCUGGUUAUGAUUGAGACGGAAGCCAACAAGCAAGACGCGCCAGAGCUGAUACGCUACAGCCUGAGCCUCAGCCUUGAGGUUGACGACCAGGCCCGUGUCGUCUCAUACGAAGAGUACUCGCCCUUCGGGACGUCAACUCUCGCAGCAUGUCGAAGUGGAAUCGAAGCUCCGAGCAGCUAUCGAUUUGCUUCAUACCGCCGCGAUUCUGAGACGGGCUUCUACCACUGCGGCGCGCGCUACUCCCUGCCGCAACUGGGACGGUGGGCGUCUCCAGACCCUCUCAACACCGUCGACGGGCCUAAUACGUACUGCUACUGCGCCAACGAUCCAGUCAACUGGGUUGAUCCUGAGGGCACGAUGUAUCACCUGAGUACCGGGAUAAAAAUGCGCCGAAUGGAAGACAAGGCAUUUUAUAACCGAAGUGGUAUAACAAUGAACAGACUGCAAAGGAAUACCAGAAAUGCCGGCCCAGAGCUCCAGAAUCCUCCAGUCGGCCAACGCGCACAGAAUUUCAUGAACGAGGCCGCUCAGCCUUCGAAAAUUCUCCAACCUCCUCUUGAAAAGAUACCAGAUAAGACCGAUGAGACAAAAGUGGACCAGCCGCUCGUGAGAGUCAUCAGCAAGAAGCAAUCCGAACUUGGCAAGUAUUUUUUCAAGCAGAUUAAUGCAACCGAGAUGCUCUUUUAUCGCUACAUGCCACUCGAUGAAAAUGGAAAGCCAACGGCACAGCCUUGGAGCGCGGAUACAUUCGGUCAAUUUGAUCAACUAGAUGGAUAUUUCGAUGUUAACACCAAAUGGGACGACACUACUGAGAUGUUCAUCAUCGCCGCCGAAAGUAUCUACUCGAAGAUGAUUGAACUCGGAGGUCGAGAUGCCGCUGCAGCCACAAUCCUAGACUCGGGCAAGAGAUUGGACGAUGUGGGAGCAAGGACAACGAAGUCAAACUGGCUCAUUCGUGUAAAUGCCAUCCUAGCCCUGGGCGAUAAAGUCUUUGACGCCUUGGAGGGAGACAGGGGCAACCUGGUCCAUCCUAAGGAUGUUGCAGAACCCACCCAACCUGGAAAGAAAGUACCAUUAGAGCCCGAGCAUUUACUGUAA